AUGAUAGAUUAUUUUAUCAUUUUCCUAUUUGUGAAAACAAUACAACCUUAAUUUAUAUUGGAUUAAGUGCAAGUUCUGAACUAUGAAUUCAAUGAGAAGCUUGAAUUGAAUCCACUAUUCAAGCGAAAUUGUCUGAAUGAUAGAGAGCGUUUGUGUAAACUACAUUUAGAGGCCUUAUCACCAAAAGUUGAGGAGAUAAUAUCUAUUGCAAGUGAGUACCUCAAUUACUUUGGAGCUGAAGAUCCUGAUCAAUACUAGAGGCUUAUGAAUUAAAUCAUCACUCAAUAUGUUUAUAGGCAAGAUGAAUAUUAAGCAUACGCACUUGUAUUCUAAGGAUUGAGAGAUGUGGUAUAGAGUAUACUCAAUAUAUAAAUUGGCAUAAAUUCUAAAGAAGGAGAAAUGAUGAUAGUGAUGGAGAAUACAACUAAGCAAUUCGACAAUCUAAUUACAUUUGAAAAUCUCUAUCUUUCUGAAGAUGGCAACUUUAUAUAUACAAAAGAACAGGAAGGUGUGAUUCAUUUCAAUUCUUCUGUUAAUCUUGGAACAAUAAAGAUGAAUUCAACCUAAAUAUUAGCGAGUUAUUUCAAUAAAAAAAAGACUCUUUUCAAAAGUCGAUCAAUGGUUGAAUUAUUUGGUGGUGGAACAGAAAUCACAAAAUUAAACAUCAGUGCUCAUUCUCAAAUUGCAUACAUCACAUUUAUGAUCGAAGCAACACCUUUAAGUCCUGAAAAACUCAAAAAUAAGAUUCAUAUUGCACUUCAAUAAAGAUAUAGACAACUUCAUAGAAUUAAGGAUGAUUUUAUAGAAUAAUUUAUUAGGCAUUUCGUUCCAAAGUAUAUGCAUCCAGCAUUGCAUGACAUAAUUUAGAAUAUGAUUCAAAAUAAACCAGUUUAAACUCAAUAUCUAGAAUUAUAAUUUAUAAUAGAUGAAUUGAGGACUACGAAAAGUGAAAAAUUGAUAGAACUUAAUAAAUUGAUUGAAUAACUUUUAUAAUGA